AUGUCAUCAACUUGUACGACGACUUCUACAGCCACUCGUAAACCUUACCAUGGUUCCUGCCACUGCGGACUGAUUCGCUUCGUCAUAUUCAUGAGUCUUCCACCCCCCGUGAUCGAAGCAACACCUUCUGCAAAAACUACCGUGCGCCUCCGCAAAUGCAACUGUACCACCUGUCAUAAAAUGGGUCUUUUUCACAUCCGACUUCCGGAUUCUCCAAAUGAUUUCAUGCUUCUGAGUCCCACAGGAAUGCCACAUGAACAAGGUGGAUGGCAGGAUCAGGGAAUGAGGGAUUAUCAAUGUUUUGAUAAAGAGCGUGAUUGGUGGUUUUGUGGUAUUUGUGGUGUGAGGCCUUUCGCUACUGGCUUGAAGUUCCACAAUGGGGAAAUGAGAAAGGUAAAUUUGAAGGAACUUGGGGUUAGCGAGGUUAACGGGGAGGAAGUUGAAGAGGGUGAAAGAGAGGUUUAG